CGAAAAAAAGCUUAAUGCAAUGUCGAGGAUGCGCCGUUACUCCACAUCGACUGUGUCAAGCUCAGACACUACAAGCUCCUACAGCGAUGGAGAGGACGAUGAUAAUGACGAUGUCAUCACUAUUGAUUUGGACAGCACGAAACUAACUCAAAGCAUUUUGGCUGCCAGACGAACUGCUACCUCAGAGUUCCAGGAAACUUUGCAGGAAGAUUGCCAAGAGCUGCAUAUCAUAGCCUCGGUUGCAUCAGACAUCCCAGAUAAGACAAGUCGAUUGUCAGUAAAAAUUGUAACAGGUGUUCCGGAUGAGAAGGAUAGCGAUACCGACUCGGGAGCUAUGCAACAUUGGCUACAUCUUAAGACCGAGUGUUCAUCAUUCGAGACGUUUCGACAAGCGGCACUCAAAUUUGCACUGCGAUACCACGCAGAUGCGAUCACGGUCCUCAUGUAUCUACUUCAGCAGGUUCAGGACAAAUUCGAAAUAACAUCCGCUUAUGGAAGCUAUAUCCAGCCAGGUACAGUCCUGAGAUGUAAUGGCAAAGAUACGAAAAAUUCAAAGAAGAACGAUGUAUCAGCCACUUUCGUUUCAUAUCCGUAUUUCGAUGUCAGCAGCGGGAAUUGGCCAGAUCCUCCGGCCGAUGACUCCUUGCAUCUUCCGCGAGGUCUGUUCCAGCAGCAUUAUCCACGGGAAGCGGCCCAAGAUCGAGAUCGUCAUCAAUCUUUCAGCAAAUUCAGACGACCUGGAACAACAUCAAGUUAUUCCUUGCGUGUACCUCAGUUAUGGGCCUUGAUAAUAGGCUCAAAUACGUUAAUCACAUGCGGGUCUUCAACGUUAGCUUCGACAUUCCACGAAAGCAUCGAGUUCGUAACACAAGAAGCACUUCUGGUUGGCUUGACAAGCUUGAUACAACUUUCGGCAGACUUUGUUAUAAAGACCGUCUUCUACCUGCCAUUGGAAAGUUGCCAGACAUUUUUUGCGCUCAAAGCUAUGAUAAAAAAAGAAUGUCUUCGGAGCACAGACUAUCACAUCGACGAUUGUAUCUUGUACACCUCGGAUGAUAAUGUUGAGCUCGAUGCAUCACGAUGGCCAAAACUUGUGCAGACCAGGGGAUCUUUGUUCAUUUCAGUGCGCAUGAGCCUUCGCAACAAGCUAAAACCGUCCACAAAUGGAAGUUUCACGAGAGGACUAUUCAUCGAAUAUGGAAAUUUGAGCUCUGACAACGAACAAGAUAAGGUAGCUACGGAAUCACGUAAGAGAAUGUCUAGUGCCGUGCAAGAUCAAGAAACAAAGGCCGGAGCAGAUAACCAGUAUUCUACAGGGCUGAAGGAUCAAAACGCCGAUAUCCAGCUAAAGCAACCACAACUAACUAUAGGUUACGCCUCACCUGGCGAGCCGCUCUCUGAAACCACCAGCGAGUCAGAGGAAGAAACAUCUGGGCCGGUCAGAGAGGAUGUGAACCAAAAGCAACCUCGAGUGGAAGACAAUGCUGCAUCUAUUCUGCAAGAUGAAGUAAGAUACACAAUCCGUGAUGAGAUAGCCCAUGAUGUAAAUCUACAGGAAAAGAAAACACAAGAAGAAAAGGAAUUUCAGGAGCGAUUUGAGCUUGAAUACAGAAAGCGCCUCAGUCGUUUCGGAUUUGCACCUAAUCAGAUUGACGCGAUGAUGGGUACUCAAUCUACAGUGAAUCCCAAUCCAGGCCCAGCUCCCCCACCACCGCCUGCUCCAGAUUCCAGUGCACGGGAACUGCCUACAUAUCCCAUGGUACAUAGGAAACAUCUUGAUAUGGAUACCUUGAUAUACUACGACAUUCCAUACGAACACCACGACGACGACCCAGACUACCUUAUCAUAAUGCAAGAGUGCAACCAACCUGAGCUUGAAAUUCUUUUUGAGCACACCCGACGCCUUCGUCAAGACCAAGCACCGCAGAAACCCGAAACCACUACGGCCAGUUCUGAUAAAAAAAAGACCAGCUCAAAACAACAAAGUUCUAGCCGAAAUUCACGAAACCCUGAUCCACGAAGCAGCGACUUUAGCGGAGAACGGAGUUGGGCCAGAAUGAAGGCCAAUAGGGCCACUAGGGCCACUAGAAAAAGACUCAAGCCGAGCCAUCUCGUCACACGCCAGGACUUUCAGAAAUCCAGCUUUGAGAAUAACACCCAGCGCAUCAAUCAGGAGUUACGUGUCCCACCCUUUCUAGCAUGGCCUACCACAUACAAUGAUAAGAAAAACGAAGUGGGCUCCCAAUCCCAAAACGAAGCUACAUCUCCGAUGGAUUCCAGUGGUGUACUGAUACAAAUCACCCUGCGUAUGAUUGACGGGGGAAUCUAUCAUCCCCAUCAAGACUUGAAAGCCGGCUUUCGUGCCGCAUCUCUUGUUGUGUGGCAGAAAGGUAAUAACCAAACAACUAUUCGUGCGAACUCCAUUCCUAGGAAAAGGAUAGGUGAUAUUGAUGUCAAAUUUGACUCAAAGAUCCUGCUGGACCCGCCUUCUCGCCUAGAGAACUUUAUACAGUAUCUCGAAACACCCAGGGAGGGGGAAUCAGAGGAGCGUUUUCCUUCACCAACGAGGUCAUUCAGAAACUUAGCCUUCAGCCAUGAAGUUUCCGGGCGAGACGUACUUCUUUGGCAGGUGGCACGGUUGUUCGUUCUCAGAAAUGUAUUUGCCGACGGUGUAAAAGCCCUAACUGGCCAGUUCGUGCCCAAGCAUUAUGCACAUCCCCUCAUAGAUCGAUGCUGGGGCUCAAUCUCGAUUGUAGAUCAAGCUGUACUCAAAACAUCACGAGAACUCUGCGGUCAUCUGAAGAAAGGCCAUGCUACAGGCAAUUCUCCAACAUAUGUGGUAAGAGAUAUACCCAGAGAUGGCUACUCAACAAUACACUCCCUAGCGGACCUUGACAAUCCAGUAUCAUCCUGCCAUAUUUGCGACAACAGAAAAUAUUACGCCAGUAUUGAAGACGCAAUUAACCAUCUUCGUCUUGCGCAUAUUUCUCCACAAAGUACCGACGUAGAACACCAUUCGGAAUCGCUCAAGCAUUGGGUCGCAUCUACCACAGACGCAGAUCUGGAGAGUAGAACGGAAAGUCUUCUUAGAUAUCUCGAGACCCUAAAUCGACGUGUAAACAAGCUCCUGUCAAAGGCUGUAGAAAUGCGUCAGAGUGUCGCCAAUGGCUCGCAAGAGCUCGAUGACGGGUACUUUUUGCGCGCAACACUAGUCAAAGCUGCGAAGAAGAUUUUCCAAUUCGUGUACUACUCAGCAUACAGUUUCAAUGUUCAUUGCGACUCUGGAUCUGCACCAGUGGGACCUCAGCUUCUUGUUUCGUCUCGAGGACAUUAUCACGACAAAUCUGGGGCUGAAAUGUUCGCUACCCUCGCCGACCUCGCCAUGUCAAAAGCAAGGGACGACCUCUUACUCAUGACGCAAAUUGGCGAUGACACGAGGUCAGUGUUCCACUUCAAAGCUUCGAUACAAUUUACUAUCUACCUCGGUCUUUCAGAUCUCGUAAGAAGGCCACUUAUGUGGAAUAUGUCGAUCUUGGAGCUAUACAGAGACUACCUGUCUGCUUUGCGCUUCAAAGCCAGCCGCAAACCUUCCAAGCUGGUCUUACGUGAACUAUAUCUCUUAGAUGAAGAGAUUGAAGUUGUUGCGUCUGUAUACAUGCAACAACAUAGGGCCGAAUAUAAGCUCUGGAAAGUGCUUGGAGUAGAUGAGAUUGAACUCAGGAGAGAGGGUCGAGACGAAUACGUAGAGAAUUUGUUCUCCCAAUUUCGCAAAGAGCUAGAAAGGGCUACCAAAGCCCUGCGACACAACAUCGAGAUCACAGAAGAAGGCAACUCCAAAGCGAUUCUUAUUUUCACACUCGUCACAAUCAUCUUCCUGCCUCUUUCCUUUGUAGCCUCGGUGUUCGGCAUGAAUACUUCAGAUAUCAGGGACAUGAACAGUGACCAAACGCUUUUCUGGGCGAUAGCACUUCCCGUCACCGGAACCAUCGGCACGAUAUCCCUGAUAGCAGCAUACCGACACACCGACAUUGUAGAAGGAAUACAAAAGUUCAAGGAUAACUUCGCAAUGAAAAGGCACAGGUACAGCCAUCACCGUCGUCCUUGGAACCGUAACAAACACAGAACAGACGAAGAGCGGGCAUAUGAUUCCAACAGCGCUGCGAUAGGGACACUAAAACGCCCCUUCGACUCUCAACGCUCUGAUCCAUGGCUACACAGCAAACGCUGGUCGAGCCACAAACAAAAGACUGAUUCGCAUGGUCCCCGUAUUCUAGUCCGCACCGCGACUGGUAAAACGCUGCAUGAGAAACCCAAGCGGAGGGUGCGUACAGCAGAAAUACCGGGCGGCUCAAAGAGGUAUUGAAGAGCGAGAGAAAACAGUAAUAUACAUGGACCCCCUACUUCCCGUUAAUUCACCAAUGAGCGUACUCUACUCGUAUUGAUUAUCAGCCCCCUGAUAUCAAUCCAAUUACACUCAAUAUACUGCGCAAAACAACAUGAAUAUAAAACAAUGCC